AUGAUGCACGGCAGCCCCGACGACGGCGCCCCAGGCCAGGGCCACGCCGACGCCGGCGACUUGUUGACGCCCGCCGGCAGCGGGGAGCAGACGGAGAAGACCAUCUCCAAGAUCCCCGACAUUCUCCCCCGCGAGCGCGUCUUCCCCAUACAGAUUGGCAGCGAGCUGUUUAAGCUCUCCGGAGCGUCCAUAUCCUCCGACGACCACCACCGUCCAGCCCCGUCGUACUUUUCGCAGUACUUCCUCUGCCAGAUCAAGUCGGCCGAGGAGCACGGCGAGGACGUGGGCGUCGCGCUGCGCACCCUGUACAUCGACCGCGACCCGGCCACCUUUGCCGACAUCGCGCUGCAUCUGCAGGGCUACCACGUCACGCCCCGGGACGGCACGCACUUUGUGCGCCUCUUUGCCGACGCGCAGUUCUACAGCCUGCCCCGGCUCAUAUCCCAGCUCUACGACGAGAGCAUCUUCACCUCCAUCGGCCACCGCGAGUUCCAGAUCCCGCGCGGGCUGCUCCUCGCCAGCCCCAACAGCCCCAACUACUUCUCCCUCGGCUUCGCCGCCUUCUUCUCGCACCCGGACAAGGUCUUCCCGGGGCUCGACCGCGAGGGCCUCAUCCGCCCGCCCGCCAUCCUGCCACCCUCGGUGCCCAACCGCUCCCCCGAGAUCUUCGCCGAGCUGCUGCUCCUGCUGCAGGGCUACCCGCUCGAGAUUCGCGGCGAGACGCACCGCCAGCAGCUCCUCCGCGACGCUCGCUACUUCCACUUCAAGGGCCUGGAGCAGCAGCUCAUCCCCCACCGCGUCACCUACAACCCGCUGCGCCAGCGCGAGGAGAUUGUCCUGCGCUUAGAGAACGUCCAGAAGAGCGGCAUCGGCGUCGUCAGGGACAGCACCGAGACUGGAGGCGACGGCGCCAGCAGUGCUGCUGCUGCCGGCACCACUGCCGACUCGGGCGGGCGGAUGAUGCCCCUGUGGGUAAACUACAUGCGACCCCUGGUCGACAGCACGGCCUACGAGCUGGUCCUCGAGAUCGGCGGCGACGAGACCCGUCUGCAUGUCCCCCCGCCCGGCAGCGGCGAGUCGCCCCGCGCCGAGUUCUUCAGGGACACGCGCGCGCGCGUCGCCAAGCUCUUCGAGGUGGUCGCCACCAAGCUCAACCUGCCGCCCACGACGCAGCCCCUCGGCCUGCUCAUGGGCGCCGGCGGCGCCAGCUCCCAGCCCGCCACGCCGGGCAACACGCCACUGAGCGAGGACCUCGUCCGCGUCGCGUUCGAGCCCGAGGCGGCCAUCACGCUCGACGGCGAGGCGUACGACGCGUACGACGCUGCUGCUGCUGCGGCAGCGACCGGCGGCGAAGGCAGCAACGGUAGCAGCGGCGUCGAUGUUCAUCCGCGCAAGCGCCGACGACGCGCCGACGGCAACGAAGCCGAGGCGUGGACUGUCAGGACGGGGCAGUGGCGGCUGCGCGUGCAGCCGGCUCAGGGCGGCAAGAACGGCGGCCUAGAGUGCGUGCUCGUUGCAGUCAAGCUCGACGCCGUGAGCUCCGAGCGCGCGCGCAACGCGACGAGGGGCUUCCUCGGCAGCUGA